CAUAUGUCAUUGUCAAUUGAGAAAAAAACUUCGAUACAAUCUUCGAGUUGUAUUUAAACUGAAAUACCUAUUAUUUUGCUGAAACUUCAUUAUUUUUGUUGAGCUAAGGUUUCAUAUUGUGUAAACACAGCGAAUAAAUACACUGAGCAUUUUGUUUCAGUCUUUAGUUAAUCGUUUAUAGUAGUAGGUAUUCGAUUUCUACGUUAGAACUUGAAAAUGGAUGAAGUUCGAGCAUUUUUUAUGAAUCCAACGCAAAGAAUUAAACUCAGGGGGCCUCUUACUGGAGGUGCUCGAAUUAUUACUGAAGAUGACGAUGACCAGUACAUGAGCAGAAAGAUGGAACAUCGGCAUUCAGCGUUGUCUGAUGUCGGUACCGAUUAUGCCCGCGAAGUCAAGGAAAGAGAAACUGAGUUAUAUUUGCGGAAUGAAUUGAACCGUGAACAAGCUGCCAGUACAAGCGUGGCAGGAGGUCUAGAAUCUAUGGAGCACCUGUCUUUCGGAGUCUCUGUGCCCAACAUAGACGAGCUUAAUGAUGAAGCUAUGACAGAAGUAUACAACAAGUAUUCAUUCCAAAUGAAAGAGGACACUCAAAAUUUGGCUAUCAAUGCACACAAACAGCAGAUCCUGGAUCGCAUCCACGGUUUUCCAGUGGUUAUAGUGGAAGGUCCAACUGGGUGUGGUAAAACUACCCAGGUCCCACAAUGGAUCCUCGAUGACUGCUACCAGGCCCGACGACAAUGUAAAAUAGUGGUGACCCAACCAAGGAGGAUUGCAGCCAUAUCUAUAGCAAAAAGAGUUGCACAAGAAAGAGGCUGGGAUGUUGGCGGUAUUGUUGGUUAUCAGGUCGGAUUGGACUCUCAUACUUCAACUGACACACGUAUUUCUUACGUAACUACCGGUAUAUUGUUGCAAAAGCUAGUUGCUGCAAAAACAAUGAACGAAUACACACAUGUGAUACUAGAUGAGGUUCACGAAAGAGGGCAAGAGAUGGACUUCCUCUUACUGAUCGUGAAGAGACUAUUAUACACAGUGUCGCCAGGGGUCAAAGUAGUAUUGAUGUCGGCCACGUUUAACAAGCAGUCCUUCGCCGACUACUUCAUGAUCCCCACCCCACGAGGCCUGCAGAUGUCCUCCUGCAUCAAAAUUGAGAAACAAGAACAAAUGUUCACUGUUAAAGAGUUCUACUUGAAUCAUUUGACGAAAUUUGGAUCGAUACUUCACCAAUCAACACCAAAAACUGAUGAGCCAACCAUAGCUCCGGAGAUGCACCAUCUUGUUCUGAAGCUUUUGAACGCAUUUGAGCAUAUAGACAAGCACGAGGACCAAAUAUCAGAUCGUGAUGAUGCAGAGCUUCCGUCUGUCCUCAUCUUUCUACCUGGUAUUCAUGAGAUUGAGGACCUGUAUUCUUGCCUCACGGACCUGGAUUUACGAGAAAAGAUAUGCGACAAAGAGUGUCGUACGUACAAAUGGUACGUGCUUCCACUACACUCCACUAUCACGUCGGAAGAGCAGGCUCGCGUGUUCCAACGAGUGCAGAGAGGGCACAGGAAGGUUAUACUCGCCACCAACAUCGCUGAGAGCUCCAUUACUGUGCCUGAUAUUAAAUAUGUGAUAGACUACUGCCUAAUGAAAGUGAUGGUGGCCGACCCGGAGACAAGUUUCACGUCGUUACGCCUCGCAUGGGCAUCGAAGACCAACUGCGAACAACGUUCCGGCCGCGCCGGUCGAGUGAGGGACGGACGUGUGUACAGACUUGUUACUGAUAAGUUUUAUGAAGGAUUAAAACAAGAAUGCACUCCGGAGAUAAUCCGGUGUCCGUUAGAGAGAUUGGUUUUGUUAGCCAAGCUGAUGGACAUGGGGCCGCCGAGCGACGUGCUAGCUCUGGCCAUGGACCCGCCAGACAUCAGCAAUAUACAGCGCACCAUACUUUCUCUUAAAGAGACAGGAGCAAUGAAGAAGACAGUGGACGAGGAAUGGUGUGCCACGGACGGUGACCUGACGUACCUGGGUCGCGUGGCGGCCCGGCUGCCUGUCGACGUCAAGUUGUCUAAGCUCAUCAUGCUGGGCUAUAUUUACGGUUGCCUCGAAGAAGCUGUUAUUAUGGCUGCCGCGAUGUCAGUGAAGAACUUGUUCAGCAGUCCGUUCCGUGAAAGGCUGAAUGCUUACAACUCUAAGCUGACCUGGGCAGACGGGUCUACCAGCGAUUGUAUCGCUUUCCUUAACGUUUACAAAGUAUGGAGCCACCUCCGUCAACAACAGUACUUCAGAUCGGCCGGUCAGUCGGAGGCAGCCUGGGCGCGUCGCUUCUACGUACAAGCGCGAGCGUUGCGCGAACUCGACGAGUUAGCGAAGGACUUGCGCAAACGACUCGCUACACUAGGCAUAGACCCACCCAAUGGCAAGUCGCCGUGGAACAAACAUGAACUUUCUCUGCUUUAUAAGGUGAUAAUAGCGGGCGCGUUCUACCCGCAGUACUUUAUUCAAGUGUCGGAGGACGAGGGCCGGGAGAGAGACGCCGUGCGCACACUCGGGGGACAUGAUCCUAGGAACACGGUAUAUUUGAAGAACUUCCCCGACGACCAACCAGGCGAGGUGUACGCCGGUGCGAUCAAGAAAGCAGUUCUGAAGCAAAUCUCUGAAGAGCCGAGAGUUACAUUUGAUGGGACUAGCAAGAAAGUGUACUUGACAUUCAAUGAUGGAUCGGAUGUGAAAACUGGCAAGCAAAAUAGUGGCGACCCCACAAUACCCGGCCAAGUGGUCCUGCCAGUGUACAAAGCUGUGAAGGCCAGACAGUUACGCAUAGAUGUCAGGAUACCAUUAUUGCCUCGGGACAAGGCACAAACGGUGGCCGCUUCGAUUGCCUUGGACAAGAUGACGUUGGACUUGGAACGGAUGGUGCCUCGCCUGCCCGAAGUCGACGAUACACAUUUCCCAUUGAAGAUUAGUCAGAUGACAAGUAUCAACAAGUUCUUCGUACAAUACGCGGACGAGAGUACGGAGCGUGAGUUGCAUACAAUCCAGUCGGCGUUGAACAAGUCUACUCUACUGGCUCACACGGGGCCCGUAGUGGCCGGGGACAUACUGGCAGCUCCUUAUACUGAGGCUGGGACUACGCAGAUGUGCCGUGUCAGAGUCAUGGCAUUAUUGCCCAGGGAGAUGGUUGAGGUAUCAUACAUAGACUACGGCAGCGAAGGCCGUGUCCACGUGUGCAACCUGCGCGUGGUCCCCCCCACCGCCGGCUCCACCCCCCCGCUGGCCAUGCGCUGUCGGCUGGCGGGGCUGGCGCCCAGUCCACUGCUGGACGCCCACGGCCACUACACGCCCGCCGCCACGCAACGCUUCGUACAGCUUUCGUCACGAGGCAGAUUGCUCGCCAAGGUGUAUUCGGUGGUACAUGGAAUAAUAAACAUCGAGCUAUUGGCGGAAGGCGGGAGACUCAACGUUAACAACGAGCUCAUCCGGCUAGGCUUCGCUGUUGCCUGCGAUGAGAGUUACGAAUCUAAGUUAAACCACGACAUCAGAGAGAUGGCAAUAGAUAUGAACAUGGUACAGAAACGCGCGCACAACAGGGAACAGUUGGAGAUGGCUUACUACCAGCUGAACGAGAUAGAACCACCCAGCACUAAGGAAUGCGACUCCGAUGUAUGCCUUAAAGGACCUUUCAGUCCGCUGGAGACGACAGUGCACAAUCUGAUGUUCGCCAGCCGCGACCUGCCCGUCACUAUAGAGUGGAACUCCGUCAACUCUGUAUUACUGGACACUGAGCCACAGGAGAGAUAUGAAAGACUGGUGGUGGCGGGCGCGGUGGGCAGCAACGAGCAGCGCUCCCGGCUGACCCUGCGCCACACCACGCUCAUGCCCAACAUCCCCGCGCUGCCCGCCAUACUCGCGCUGCUCUUCUGUCCCGUUGCGGAGCUCCGCCGCAACGCGCUGGGCACGCGGUACGUGUGCGCGCUGUGCGGGCUGGGCAGCACCGACGCGGGCAAGCCCUACCUGCCCGAGCAUGAUCUACUCAUCGACAUCGACGCUGAUCUAGACGUAGAGGACAUUGGUCUUAUCAACCACAUCCGCCACUUGAUGGACUACAUGAUGUUCUGCUACGACGGCCAGGAGCAGCCCACUGCCGAGGACGCGUUCAAGCCGCAAGUACCGCAGCUCAUCCGCAAGGAUCUACUCGCGCUCCUAAUGAAGCGGCGCCGGCACCGCGAGCCGGAGUACGUGUCGCGGACGUGGGAGUGGCGGUCGGUGGGCGAGGCCGAGCUGCUGGAGAUCUCGGUGCCCGACAUGCUGCAGUGCGCCGUCAUCUACCCGCUGCUGGCGCCGCAGGAGCUGCUGCCGCCCACCAGGGACCAUCUCAUGCAGCUCAAGAACGAUAAUGAGGAACUUAAACUGCUUGUGUCUAGGACACCAAACGCUUCAAGCAUGGAGUUGACAUGUAAACUGUGCAACACAAAGACGAUGUCUCUACACGCAAUGCGUAUACAUCUAUACUCAAACUCUCAUCGCGACAAAGAAGAGGAUUUCCAAGGACUUCAGUCGUAAAUAUUACGGUUUUUCUUUAUAUUUUUAUCUUAAUACUUACUUUUUGUAUUACUUAUUUAGUUUUAAUGUCGAUUUCGACAAUAAUCAUUUUGUCGUGAGUUGUGCAAAUUCGCGCGUCUAGACAAUUUGUUAUGUAAGUAUAUAGAAUUCUGGAAUCUUAAUCCUAAAUUGACUAUAUAUAAUUCUAUGUCCUAUAUACGUAGAUCUUAUAUUAGACGCGGAUCUAUAUAACAAUCCUAUAAUCUCCGACGAUUUUCGAAAUUGCCUAAAAAGAUCUGUAAAAAGGUACCUACAUUUUUCGUGAGUACUUUUUAUGUGUUCAUACUAUUAAGUUAGGUAGUAGGCAACGUUAUUGUUAAUGCCAAUUAUAAUAGCAAUAAGUAAUCUUUAUAUAUCCAGCUUGAAUAUAAAGGUUGUCUCAAACUAUUACCGAUAGGUUAGUUAUUUUUGUCGAUGCCUCUUCAUCGCGACAUCUACUACGACUAGUAUCGACUAAAAGACUCAAUAAAUUCAGGUGCAAAGUAUAGUACAAAAUAUAUUGUAAAACAUGUAUAUCAGUAGCUAAUGACUGCAUUUUUGAUACUAACAAUUACAAUUAUUUAUCAGUUAGGCUGAAUUUGACAGUAGCAAUUUGAAAAAACUUUUUUUUUUCUUCUAAAGUUUGGUUCAUAUCUGACGGAACGUGCGUCGCGUAAGAACAGACAAAUGUAUAGAAAAUCACUUGACCGAUGAUACUUUAGUGCGACGCGUGUGUAGAUAUGAGCCGACUAAGGACUGAUUUUUCAGUACAGUACCCUUAGUAUGAGUUUGCUUUACGUUUAACGAAAACGAAACUAGACCGCCUUCGGCAUUCAUUGGCCGGCUCCAAUUAAUUAACCAAUCACAGCGCCGAAUGCGCUCUCGGUAUACGUAAAGCAAAUUCGUACUUUGGCCCCAAAUAUUUCUUAACCAUAGAAUAAAAUUGACAUCGUAUAGUUUUUAGGUAUUGAAGAAUUGUAAAAAAAAAUAUUCUUCUGAUAAAAAUUAUCUAGCGUAGGAUAAAUCAGCUGUAAUUCUUAUAUCAAAGUUUUUUGUUAUAUGUAAAAAAUUUCAGUGUUUAUGUUUACGUUUUUUUUUUACUUACUACUUAUUCGAUAUUACUUGUUAUUAAAAGUUAUAGUUUUCUUUGUUGAUUUAUUUUCUUUUGCAUACAUCUAUGCAAAAUGUUUAAUUGUUUUCAUUAGAAAUCCAUUUUAGUUAAGUUUGUGAACAAAGGACAAUUUCGUGUAUUUCCUUUUCUUAUACUCUUUUGUUUAUUUUCAUCCCGAGUUCGUUUUAAAUUUUUCUGUAUCGGACAUCUUGAAGAUCUGAGAUAUUAUAUAAAAAGAGCGUUCAUCCUUCAAUUUUAUGUUUAUUCGUCGUUUUUCCGUCCAUUCACAUACACUAUAUAAAUGCUCCAAGAACAUUGUUUUUAUCUUGCAAAAAAUUAUAGAAAUGUUAUUUUAUCCCACCGAGGUUUGUCCCUACUUCCUUUCUAGUUUUGUAGUUACUUAUGUAUGUGAUAUUCUGACUUUUAUUACUGUGUAAGAUUCACCAUAGUUAUAAAACAUUUAUUUUUGUAUACUCACUUUAAAUAAAAGUUAAACGGUCGUAGAAUUUAUGUACCAAACAAUAUUGUGAGCACUAUUCUAUUCGAACCAUGGUCAAAAAAUGUGAUCUGUAUUUGUACUUGUACUGGUGUCAACUUGGUUGCGCAACUAAUUGCCGGCAACCUUAUCAGCGCGACGUACUGCGUGAGCGAUUUAGAAGCGAACGCGAAGCGGUGCGGUGACACCGAAUUCAACGCGAUGCGGUGCGACGCGGCGAUUAAUGUCCUAUAUAUUAUAGGUGUACGUGAAUUGUUUCGUUUUGUUUAAAAUGUCGGAAAUACGACAUUAUAAACAAAAACGUAACGGCACCGCGUCUAGUUCGCGCGAAAAUAUCAAGCAAAUUGAUCGCGUACGGUUGGUCACGUAGGCCACAUUUUGACAGUUUGUUGUUUUCGCGCCGCACCGCACCGCAUCGCAUUCGCGUCUAGAUCGCUCACGCAGGAGGUCGCAUUAGUAUUUGUUCUAGCGUAUCUAUGUAGACAACAUGGUUAACAUACGACAAAGGAAUUCUAAUAAAACCGUGCUCUAAUCCUUAGCAGCUGAUUGUAAUAAAUACUGUGUCUUAUUGUUAAAGAUAUAUAGUUUAUAUUCAUUUAAAUUAAGUUAAUAUUAAGUAGGUUCUGUGCCUUUUGUUUUGCCUCUGAUUUGAUAUUACACGUUGACAGAUUCGUGUUUAGUUCAUAAGUUACGAUAUUUGACUAAAUAAAUGUAUAUUAAUUAAAUA